CGGCAUUAUGUAGUAGUGAUGCUUUGCUGCAACGUUACAGCUUCCGACACCUUCUUUUUAUAACUCAACCCUGUCCCCAUCCACCAGACCUGUCAAAACCACGCCUAUGGAGCUACACAAUUGGUCCAAAAGCGUCAAAGGGCCAAUCAAGUAGGUCUGGACUUCUUGCAUUGCCACAACACAUCCCUAGGAUCUGGUGUAAGGAGAGAGUACAUUCACACUGAGAAUACUUGGAGCUCCCAGUGCCCCCUUUCCUAUUUUCUCUCUUUCCGUGUCCCCUCUUUCACACUCUGUCUCCUUCACUCCUCAGGACUGUUGUAGGAUCUUUCUCCUAGCACAGGAUCAAGGCUGCUGCAUGCUGCAAGGCUGUGUCCCCAUCCACAAGAGGUGAUCUUCAGGAGAACAAUCAGAUCUUCCAUUAGCUGGAAGAGUGAGGAGUGCUCAGAGAGGAUCCAGGAUUAGGAGGCUGGGACCCCCUGCCUCUUCUCACAUACGGGAUUUUAACUUUGAUUUUCCUGGGAAACUCCAUCCACCUCCUCUUUAUAUUGGACUUUUCUUCAGCCUGCAUUUCUUGCAAUUUCCUGGACUUUGCCGUGCCCUGAUUAUGUACCUGUGAAGGUCCCCUUUAUUGUGGACUAAGUCCUAAGCUGAGCUAUCCACAGGGUUUGGAGUGGAUGAAUUUAUCCAUGAGAGAUCCAGUCAUUUCAGGGACAAGCAUGGCUUACCACCCAUUCCUCUCCCACCGGGCACCGGACUUUGCAAUGAGCGCCGUUCUUGGACACCAGCCUCCCUUCUUCCCAACUCUGGCUCUGCCACACAAUGGGGCUUCUCUUGCCCUAACCAAGCCCAUCAUGGAUCAAUUAGUGGGUGCCGCCGAGACAGGCAUCCCCUUUUCUUCUCUGGGUCACCAAGCAGCUUCUCAUUUGAGGCCUCUCAAAACUCUUGAACCAGAAGAAGAAGUUGAAGAUGAUCCAAAAGUUCAUCUGGAAGCCAAGGAUCUCUGGGAACAAUUCCACAAGAGGGGGACUGAGAUGGUCAUCACUAAAUCUGGGAGGAGAAUGUUUCCCCCGUUUAAAGUGCGGUGCACAGGCCUUGACAAGAAGGCUAAGUACAUUCUGCUCAUGGAUAUAGUGGCUGCAGAUGAUUGCAGGUAUAAGUUCCAUAAUUCACGCUGGAUGGUGGCUGGCAAGGCUGACCCUGAAAUGCCCAAGAGGAUGUACAUCCACCCGGACAGCCCGGCUACAGGGGAGCAAUGGAUGUCCAAAGUGGUCACCUUCCAUAAACUCAAACUCACCAACAAUAUCUCUGAUAAGCAUGGAUUUUUACAGUAUUUUGGCCAGAAAGCUUUUUACUCUGCUGAAAAUAAUAAUCUAACUAUUUUAAACUCUAUGCACAAAUACCAACCCCGGUUCCACGUAGUGCGGGCGAAUGACAUUUUGAAACUCCCCUACAGCACAUUCAGAACCUAUGUGUUCCCUGAGACUGAAUUCAUUGCAGUGACUGCAUACCAGAAUGAUAAGAUCACCCAAUUAAAAAUCGAUCACAAUCCUUUUGCCAAAGGCUUCCGCGACACAGGCAAUGGAAGGAGGGAGAAAAGGAAACAACUGACCCUUCAGUCCAUGCGAGCCUUUGAUGAGCAGCAGAAGAAAGAUAAUGGCAGCUCAGACGAGUCCUCCAGUGAACAGACUGCGUUUAAAUGCUUUGCCCAGACCUCCUCUCCAACCGCAUCUGCAGUGGGCACUUCAAACCUUAAAGGCCUGUGUGACAGUGAAGGGGACAGUGAGGAUGACAGUAAGGAAGAAGCUGGCCUAGACACCGGGGACUCGCCCAAAAUCUCCACCACCACCUCCACCACCACCUCCAGCACAGAGCACCGAAAGGAGAUGAGGAGUCCCUCUAAGCUGUCCCUAUACUCCUCAACCAGGACUGAGAAGAACUCCCCAGAUUCCAGGCACAGCCCGGCACAGAUCUCCUCCAGUGGCAGGGUCCUGAGUGUGGAGGAUCUGAAAAGUCCCACCAGGGAGUCACAAAAACUGGAUGAGCCCAAACACUCAAAGGAGCAUUUCCCACCCUUGACUGUGCAGACAGACAGCAGCCCUCAUCACCUGAGCCAAGCCCAUCUACAGAACCUUGGAUUCCCUCCUGGCUUAAGUGGACAGCAGUUCUUUAACCCCCUGGGUGCUUCUCACCCUCUACUUUUUCACCCCAGCCAGUUUGCCAUGGGAGGGGCAUUUUCCAGCAUGGCCACUGGCAUGAACCCAUUGUUAGCAUCCGUUUCAGGAGCUACAGCAGGAGUGAACAGCAUAGAGACAGUGAUGGCAUCUUCAUCUCAAGGGCUACCGGGAGCCUCAGCUUUACCUUUCCACCUCCAACAGCACGUCCUUGCCUCUCAGGGCCUGGCCAUGUCCCCUUUUGGAGGUCUCUUCUCCUACCCUUACACAUACAUGGCUGCAGCUGCUGCAGCAUCCUCUGCUGUCCACAGGCACCCCUUUUUGAAUGCUGUGCGCCCCAGGUUGAGGUAUAACCCCUACUCCUUCCCCAUGCCUAUCCCUGAGAGCAGCAGCCUCCUUACCACUGCCCUCCACUCACUCUCCAAUGGCACCAUAGACGGAAAAGGCCCCAGCCUGGUACCUAGCCCCGCCUCUGCGGCUCUGGACUCUGAACUGACCAGCAGAUCUUCAACCUUGUCCUCUGGAUCUGUCUCGUUAUCCCCUAAACUGUGUCCAGACAAGGAGGCCAGCAGCGAACUGCAAAAUAUUCAGCGCCUAGUCAGUGGACUGGACUCCAAGCAGGAGCGAUCAAGAAGUGGCUCACCCUGACUCCCCGUGGCCUGGCUCUGUGUGGGUGGGGAGGGGGGACAUUGACGAUGAGCUUGUUGUCUCAUUCCAAACUCGGUUUCUCAUUGCACUUUGUAUGAUCCGUACCUCGACCAUGCCCUAGUUACUAUAUGCACACAUGUUCAGUCCACAGCUAGCCAACUGGAGCGAGAAGAAGGGGGUUGCUUGUAAGCUGCUAACCACAUCAUAUCCAGGUAUCCUCUACCACUAUCCAGCCCCCGACUAGACAAGUGCUUACCUGCAUGUUUAGUACAAAUACCUCUAUGGGGUGUCAGCAGAGAACAUGUAGACAUACAAUCACUGCACACUAAAAACUUGAAUAUCGGUUUAAAGGUAAUUUAUACAUAUAGAGCCAGCUCUGGCUAUUCAUAAUAUUAAUUGUUUGUUAGUGUACUUUAAAAGAAGAAAAGAUGAUGUCUUUGUUUUCAUUUGUGCUAUUCAAGUCCCACUAUGCUUGCAUGCUGAUUAAUCAUUUGCUUAGACCCCUGAAACCCUGCUUGGCAAUCUGGGAUGAGCAAACCCACCCUCCCUACUGCAUCACUAUAUAUAUAUAUAUAUAUAUAUAUAUAUA